GGAUUCGGAAGGUCAAAACAAUAUUUCUUCUGCUUUAGAAUCAAAGUACAAUUUUCCACAUUCCAUCGUAGGUAGGAAUCGAAAAAGACAUAGUGAUGUCUUCGGGGGCAGAGCAUGCCCUUUUGACAGAAUGGGAGGAACUAGAAAAGGAGUACCUCAAUCUGGAGGAGGACCACAAGCUCUAUCAAACGAAGAUAGAUGAAAUGAAGAAAAGUCAAGAUGUUUGCUCAAAGGGUAUAUCUCAUCAAAAAUACAGGAUAAAACAAAUUCUGGAAUCUGUAAAGAAAGCAGAAGCAUCAUCAAAAAAUGCAGAAGAUUUGGCAAAACUGAAAGAAAUUCAGAAAAAAGCUACAAAUAGGAAAAACCAAUUCAGAGAAAUGGAAGACAUUUUACCACAUAAAAAUGGCGUGUAUUUGUCCAUUAUUCUCGGAGAGGUUAAUGUGUCCCUGCUCAGCAAACAAGACAAGUUUACUUACAAACAAGAAUAUGAGAAGUUCAAGUUGGUGUGCACAGUGAUCACUUUAGUGUGGGCUAUCUGCCUUCUAACAUUCCUUGCUGGCUACAGAUGGUUUGAUGCAGCCUUUGACUUCCUACUUGUUUGGUAUUACUGUACACUCACGAUUAGAGAACAUAUUCUAAAAGUUAAUGGAUCCAGGAUUAAAGGCUGGUGGGUGCUACAUCACUUUGUCUCUACAGUCUGUGCAGGAAUUAUCCUUAUAUGGCCAGAAAGUGACAGCUUCAGAAAGUUCAGAGACCAAUUUAUGUAUUUCUCAAUAUACCUAGCUCUUAUACAAAUAAUGCAGUUCUAUUAUCAGACUGGUGCACUCUACAGGCUCAGGGCCCUGGGAGAGAGACACAGUAUGGACAUUAGCGUAGAGGGCUUCCAGUCUUGGAUGUGGAGAGGAUUAACAUAUUUACUUCCCUUCUUAUUCGGUGCAUAUCUAUUCCAGCUUUACAAUGCUUAUGUUCUCUACCAGCUCUCACAUGACCCUAAAUGUGAGGAAUGGCAGGUAUAUGUACUGGCAAUCAUAUUUUUGGUUCUAUUUGCUGGAAACACAUUAACUCUGCUUGGAGUUGUGAAGAAAAAACUAAGCAAAGAAGGGAUCAACAUUAAAUACUUACGAAGCAAAUACAAUGAUAUGACACAAAAGGCAGAGUAGAGCCAAAGAGAAGUUGACAUGGUACAGGGACAGACUUAGCAAUUUUUGAAUGCCAAAUAAAGUCAAUUUUGACGCCUGUGUGUAAAAAAUGUAAGGUACUUUUACAAUGACAUCCCAGUCAAACAAAAUCAUUCACAGUAAAACUUGUCUAAUCUGAACACCAUUGGGACUGGUCAAUGUGUUUGUUUUAACAUGGUAAUCAAUGGAAGAGUAUAAAAUUGGGCCAAAAAAUGCUCAUAGGUGUUGGGAUAUUGUACUUCUGCUUAACUAGGUUUAAGCGGCCAUUUUAAUUGGGCAGAUCCGCCAAAUUAAGUAGCUGUCAUUUUAAUAACAUGUAAAUUAGUACCAUUAGUAGAUUGUUAUAUUGCAAGUCUG